AGGUUGCCAUUUUGAAAGCCAUUAGAAGAUCUUCUGCCACCCUAUUGGAUUACUUCCUAUACAACUCAGCAUGUCACUGUGCCCUGGAUUUUAUAAGGUGGCCAUGAUUUAAUCCCCACUUUCAAUUUCCAUGUAUUGGUGAAGCAUUGGAGCUCUUCAGAGCUGCUGUUACUUGUCUGGAAACUGAUCCGUCUCGAAUCCCGUCUCGAAAGGACUAGACGUUACUAGCAAUGAGCUCCCAAAGCCAUCCAGAUGGGCUUUCUGGCAGAGACCAGCCAGUCGAGCUGUUGAAUCCACCUAGAGUGAACCACAUGCCUAGCUCUGUUGAUGUGACCACAGCACUGCCCUUGCAAGUUGCACCGACUUCAGUCCCGAUGGAUCUGCGCUUAGACCACCAGUUUCCCAUGCCCGUGACGGAGCCGACGCUGCGGGAGCAGCAGCUCCAGCAGGAACUCCUGGCGUUGAAGCAGAAACAGCAGAUCCAGAGACAGAUCCUCAUUGCCGAGUUCCAGCGGCAGCACGAGCAGCUCUCCCGGCAGCACGAGGCCCAGCUGCACGAGCACAUCAAACAGCAGGAGAUGCUGGCCAUGAAGCAUCAGCAGGAGCUGUUGGAGCACCAGAGGAAGCUGGAGCAGCACCGGCAAGAGCAGGAGCUGGAGAAGCAGCACCGAGAGCAGAAACUUCAGCAGCUCAAAAACAAAGAGAAAGGAAAAGAAAGUGCAGUGGCAAGCACAGAAGUAAAGAUGAAAUUACAAGAAUUUGUCUUAAAUAAGAAGAAGGCUUUGGCACACCGGAAUCUCAACCACUGUAUAUCCAGUGAUCCCCGCUUCUGGUAUGGGAAGACACAGCACAGCUCUCUGGACCAGAGUUCCCCACCCCAAAGCGGCGUAUCUGGCACCUACAAUCACCCUGUCCUGGGGAUGUACGAUUCCAAAGAUGACUUCCCACUCAGAAAAACAGCGUCUGAACCCAAUCUGAAAUUACGAUCCAGACUAAAGCAAAAAGUUGCUGAAAGACGGAGCAGCCCCCUCUUGCGCAGAAAAGAUGGUCCGGUGGUUACCGCUCUGAAGAAGCGCCCGCUGGAUGUCACAGAUUCUGCAUGCAACAGUGCUCCUGGAUCUGGUCCCAGCUCUCCAAACAACAGCUCCAAUAACAUAAGCGCCGAGAACGGAAUUGCAGGAUCGGUCACGAGCAUUCAAACCGAGACCAGCCUGGCUCACAGACUUGUGAAUCGCGAAGGCUCGGUAACGCAGCUGCCACUCUACACAUCUCCUUCUUUGCCCAACAUCACGCUAGGACUGCCCGCAACUGGCCCUUCCAGUGGAGGAUCGGCACAGCAGGAUGCAGAGAGACUUGCUAUCCCAGCCUUACAGCAGCGGAUCUCUUUAUUUCCUGGCACUCACCUCACUCCCUACUUGAGCACUACAACGUUGGAAAGAGACGGGGGAACCGCACAUAACCCUCUCCUGCAACACAUGGUCUUACUGGAACAGCCAACUGCACAAACUCCCUUAGUCACAGGCCUGCCCCUCCACGCACAGUCUCUGGUUGGUGGAGAACGGGUCUCCCCUUCAAUCCACAAACUCCGGCAGCAUCGCCCGCUGGGGCGUACGCAGUCCGCUCCCCUGCCCCAGAAUGCCCAGGCCCUCCAGCAGUUAGUGAUCCAGCAGCAGCACCAGCAGUUCUUGGAGAAACACAAACAGCAAUUCCAACAGCAGCAACUGCACAUCAACAAGAUUAUAUCAAAACCCAACGAACCAGCUCGCCAGCAUGAAAGCCACCCCGAGGAGACCGAAGAAGAGCUACGGGAACACCAAGCCCUUUUGGAAGAGCCAUACGGCGACAGAGUCACAAGCCAAAAGGAGGCCCCGGGGCUGGCCAACGUGGUGCAAGUGAAGCAAGAACCCAUCGAGAGCGACGAGGAGGAAGCAGAGCCGCAGCAGGAGCUGGAGUCUGGGCAGAGACAGGCGGAGCAGGAGCUGCUCUUCCGUCAGCAAGCCCUUCUGUUGGAGCAGCAACGUAUCCACCAGCUGAGAAACUACCAGGCGUCGCUGGAGGCAGCCGGCAUGCCUGUCUCUUUCGGAGGACAUCGGCCUCUCUCCCGUGCCCAGUCCUCGCCUGCCUCGGCCACCUUCCCAAUGUCCGUCCAGGAGCCACCCACUAAGCCAAGGUUCACAACAGGCCUUGUAUAUGACACCUUGAUGCUGAAACACCAGUGUACCUGUGGAAACACCAACAGCCACCCAGAGCACGCGGGGAGGAUCCAGAGCAUCUGGUCCCGGCUCCAGGAGACGGGUCUUCGUGGCAAGUGUGAGGUAAUAAAAAUCCCAACGAAGG